CCUUCGGGUUCUCCGCCUCUACUUCCGGUGGUCGUCGAGAGUUCUUGAUCGCUUCUUCGCCUUGUAGAUUGAGGAGAGCCGGCGCGAGAUGCUCGCUGGCGUCGUCGGAGCGCGAAUCUCGAGGCGGCGAUCGGGCGGUGGAGGUGGAGGAGGAAUUGGGGCCGGUGCUCAGGUUCGAGAUGACGGAUUUUGUGAUGAGCAAUCAUGUUAGCGUUGGCUUGCACGGACGAGCGGAUGAGGUGAUUUUCGAGGCGACGGUUAGGAAUUCAAGCAGUCCUCUGUACAAUUCGAGAGUGGUGCUUAGAGAGUUGACCAGCGUGCAAGCACAGCGGAGAGGUAGACGAGCAUUAGAGGUAUUAAAGAAGCUGGCACGGCGGCAGCUCAUGUAUCAUUCAUAUGCAAUGCAAGUUCAUGGUUAUGUGUCUUCAUCAAGCAGUAGUAAGCCUGGAUCCUUUAUCUUGGUGCACGGGUACCAUGGUAGUUAUUCCUUGAGGCAUUGGCUUCAACUUUCAGAUUGGCUUCCUACCUUAGAAGCCACCCUCGCACUGGAUGACGAGUGGGCUAGAAGGGUGGGUGAUGAUACAAUUGGAGGCCCUGCUGUUACUCGUCAAUUGCGUCUUACUAGGAUUCUUAUGAGAGAUCUUUUGAUUGGUGUAAAUUACUUGCACAGCCAUGGGCUGGCCCAUACUGAGUUAAGACUGGAGAAUUUACAUAUUAGCCCAGUUGACAAACAUGUUAAAGUAGGCAUUUUAGGAAAUGCUGUUGAUUUAUACGACAAGAGUUCACAUGAUAGUUUGGCAGAUGGUAACACUGUGAGGAAGACAUUGAUGAUCGGCUUUGACAUGAGGUGUGUUGGAUUCAUUAUGGCAAAGAUGAUUUUAAGGGAACUCAUGGAACCUUCGACCUUCACGAAAUUUAAGUCUUUCUUGACUAAGGGAAAUGACCCGUCAUGCCUGCGUGAGUUCCUCUUGCCCAUUCUUUCUCGAGACUCCCCAUCCGGGAAUGACGGUUUGCAAAUGCUAGACAGGAACUGGGGUGCAGGUUGGAAUCUUUUGUCACUGCUGCUCGCAACAAAACCCUCUGACAGAAUCAGCUGCUUGGACGCACUGAGACAUCCAUUUCUCUGUGGACCUAAAUGGCGAGUGGAACCAUCUAUGGAUAUCAUCAGGUGGGGAUUAGGUUCAACUACUGUCCGGAUGGCAGAAGAUUAUAUAUAUGUCCGGCAUCAGCGAUCAAGAAUAGCUCAUUUCAUUGAAUUAAUGGAGCUAUUGAACCCUCAUCCUAGACGGAAGAAUUGGCUCAAAUUCCUUCCAGGCCGAUGGAGACUACUAUACUGCACUGGUAGACACAUCGGUCUCACGCUACGCCAACCCUCUCUCCGAGUCCUCAUCAACAACGCAUACCUCACUUUUACUCCAUCCUCUGAUCCAAAAACUCCCACAUUUUCCCUCUCAUCCGAUGUUUCCUUCACUGUCAUGCCAUCUUCCAACUGGCCCCACAACAAAUCUGGAACUCUUGGAUACUUACACACCACCUCGUCACUGGGAGUAGCACCAGGAAGAAGACUGUAUCUCAGAGAAGACAACAACGAAUCAAGCCCUUUCAGUACUCAAAAAUCAAAUGUAUGGAAAGUUUCAAGCCGGAAAUUGAAAGAACUUGGAGCAAAGGAGCCUCCAUUUGGGCUCCCAACAGCGAAACUGGUCGCUGGAGAGAUUGAUGUUGAGAUGAGACUUGAGCCGAUGCCGUUGAAUGCUGAAGAAGCUGGAGAUGUGCUUAGAGAGGCCAGAACUCAGAUUCCACCAGAGAUGUUUGAUGUGUCGAAAUUUGUUUGUGGGACUUACGUGGAUUCGAGGUUGCUGGUUCUUCGUGGAGUGAAUGGCUCGGCUCUGUUGUUUACUAGGUCUUGUUCUUUAAGCUGAUUGUAUGAUGAAAUUGAAUUUGUUUCUGGUGGGAGAGACGCAUUCUUUUGUAUUUAACUGUACAUUUGUAUAAUAGUAGUCCCCCUGUUAGGUUUUGUAAUCUACUUGUAAAUGGACCUGAAAUUGCAGCAGAACCUGUCCAGGCAACUUAAAUAUUUAGGCGACGUAAAUAUUUCUGGGGACCUGAAAGAAAGUUCACA